CAACGCCGCCGCAAUGUUCUAGGUCUGAGAGACUUGCAGUGGCAAGGUUUAAUCAUAUAGCAAAGAGCGGUUCCCGACACUUAAGUACGCGCCAUGUCAUGUUGUUUUGUCUGCCUUCGGAGACAUGGAAGACAUUCCCUAUAAGCUGACUAGUCGACAUGGUUAUACUGUCUCGCACGAUAAGUUAUUCGAUGAGAAGCGGCUUUAAGAUCGGCCGCCAUUGUGUAUUCGUUUCCUCAUUUCUGGGUCUGAGUCAGGUUUUGUAAGUCACAAGGAUCCGUGCGAAGUCAUAUUACCUAGCCCCAUUCCCACCUAGCGGUCAGAUGCCAUGAAUGUUGUCAGCUGAGGGAUCAGACUUGAUGCUGCGGAUAGAUAGUGCUAAUGUAGGAGGGCUAUGUCUUCUUGUUCACUUCCUCCGAAACACCUCAACUACGAUGACCAAUCCAUCCCCCAAUAACCGUCUUCAACAGAUCCUGACGUACGUUGCUCCCCGAGAGAUGAAUACAGCAAGUCAUGAGGCGCUACCGACAUUCGAUGAACUGCCCAUGUUCAAGGAUCACAAAGGAUGUGCAUGGCAGGUUUGGGGUCCCGAUGACCAGCUGGGAACUAUCAAUCUGUUGACGGCAGAGGUGGUCAAAACAGCUGCCUCUGAAGAGAUUAAGACAGGCCAGACGGUCUCGUUAAAUUGGCCGUUGAAUUUCCCCAGCAAGCCGAUGUUCCACCGUAGGAGUCCUGAAUUGCUUGUGAUAGAUAACUUCGAUCGUGCUACACGAGAUGACGAAAUUCAUAUCAACUCACAAUCCGGUACCCAAUGGGAUGGAAUGAGAAACUCAAUUCCCGGUGGCAGUAUCUGCGUCCCUGACCCUAACAAUAUCAACCCGAGUUACAAGCACCUCGGUAUUCAAAACUGGGCGAAUCACGGCAUAUGCGGACGAGGCGUCUUGUUGGACUUAGUCAGAUAUUACACGUCGGGAGGAAACACACUGCCUUACGAUCCCUGGGCAAGCCACCCGAUCACAGUUAAAGAGCUUGAAGCAUGCGCAGCUAAGCAAGGGGUCAAAUUUAGAACGGGGGAUAUUUUAAUCCUUCACGUGGGAUUCAUAAAGAAGUUCAGCGAGGUGACACAGGAAGAGAGAGAUGCGCUGGCGACUAAGCCGGAGACUUUUGCCGGAAUUGAGCAGUCGGAUGACAUGAAGCGGUUCCUCUGGAACAAUCAUUUCGCGGCCGUAGCGUCUGACCAACCUGCUCUUGAGCGCUGGCCUACACCCGAAGGAAUACCCCAUAUGCAUCAAACAUUGUUGGCCCUUUGGGGUAUGCCGAUAGGUGAAAUGUUCGACUUGGAAAGACUUUCAGAGAUAUGCAGUACGACAGGACGCUAUACGUUCUUCUUUUCGUCGUGGCCCCUGAACAUUAUUGGCGGGUGUGCGAGUCCCCCAAACGCUGCGGCCUUCUUCUGAGUUCACUUCUGGAUUCAAAGUAAACAUACCGCUCUCAUUGCAUUUCAAAUUCUUGGAGGUCGAUUUAUACGAUUUCCCUUGUCAACUUGGAUGUCAUGUUCGUAUGA